AUGGAUUUUGAUUCGACGACAACUUUGAAUGCUUCCCAUUCACUUUCCCUUCAAGAAACCGAUGUAAAAGCUCUCCCAAUAGUGCUUUCUGAUCAAUGCUGCCUAAAGACCAAUAUAUGUAAAUUAUGUAAACAAAUUUUUAAAUCUCCUAAAGAUCUUAGAGAGCAUCUUGUUCAAGAAUUUAAGCUGGAUAAUGAGACAAUUGGCUUAUUAGAUAUUGAGCUCGGAGUUGAUGAUUAUUCUGAUUUGCAUUUAGACUACAGCCCCAUUGUUGAUUCUCCUUCACUUGAAAAUCCAGUUUUUUCUGGAAUUUCUUGUCCAAAAUGCUUAAAAUCUUGCAAAAGCCAAAAAGGCUUGCAACAACAUAUGGGAAGAGCACAUAUAAAUAGAAAAAAGAAGGUUAAGUGCGAAAAAUGUGGAAAAGCUUUCAAGCAUAAGCAUGCCUUGAGGUUUCAUGAAAGACAAGUCCAUGAAAAAUCAACCAGAGUUGUUUGUAAAUAUUGUGGAGUGUCAAAAUAUAAUAAGUAUACUUUGGCAAGCCACAUAGACCAAGUCCAUCUCAAAGAUGCAGAGUUUGAAAAAAAUAUACAUAUGUAA